CCUACUACACAUCUGCGCAGUGUUAUACAGUAGAACGUAUGUUGUUCCGCGCCCAAAUGCUGUCUAGAUAGGCAGCUCACUAGGUAUUGAGACGCGGCCUUUCUUCCAGCUGAUCAAAUCUCUGGCGCUGGAAGAUCACAUCUCAGACGUUGUUUUAUUCCACUCUCACUUUUUAUAUACAACACCCAUUGUUUAUUAAGUGUAUUAUUGUUGUUGUUUUGUGAAAAUAACUAGUCUAGUAACUAGACAAAUGAACUCUGAGCUGUGAGUUGAGCUGUGAAGAGCGAGUCAGAUUUUCCAAUAGCUCAUUUAUGAGAAGCACGCGAGCUCCUUUGCUGCCUUCUGGUCUACAAUAGUCUGAGUAUGCUGUUGCUCCAGGACAGAAUGAGAAGGACCUGUUUGUCCUGGUGCCUUUUCCUGCUGUUUGUCCGGUACCCGGCGGACAGCAUAGUGACAGAGCUUGAGCUGGAGGAUUCAGAACGGGACUGGGACUGGGGUUCUGGAUUACAAGAACUCCUAAACAGUUUUCCAGCUGACAGUCCAUUUGUCAGAGAGACGCCCGGCAGACCGGCCAACUGCACUCAGCGCUUCUGGCUGCCUCCAUCCUCCCCUGUGUGCUGGGAUGAUAUAGCAGGCCCAGAGGAGUUUGAGAAAUCACGUCUUCUCGUGCUGCAGAACAGGGCGGCACUGCAGGCUGUGUCCACAUCUAGUGGUCUCGAGGAAGGGGGGGCGUCCUAUGAUCAACAGGCCAGGGAGAACUUGCAAGGCGUCCAGGCUGACCAUCUCGCUGUGGCCCAGACUGCUGAUACAAUGCAGAAGGUGUUCGUGGAUUUGGAUGAGAAGAGGAAGGAGGGGAAAGAGCAUUAUACCUUCUCAAGUCUGAAGGAGCGAAUGGAAAACACGAAAGACUCCAUUGCUAAAAAGGAGCAAGUAGCAGCACUCCUAGAGAAACAUCUUGCCAAUCUGGAGAGGUCUUUGAACACUAUGCAACUUCGACUGGCCAAACUACUUCCCCAGUAAUUUAAUUUGAGCAGCACAACCUACACAUGUAAAAAAUUAUAUAAUGCAUGUUUUUAAGAUUUGUAUAACCAUAUAUUGCAUGCCAACAGCAGCCUGUAGUUCUCUUUUGGUACGUAUUUUCCUCAUGUUUUCCACUCUAUUAAGUAAAUGGGAUAAAUAUUAGGUACCGGCAAUAAAAUCUAUUUUUAUACCUCCAGACUAUAGACUGUUCCCUAAAAAUGUCAUGUACAACUAUUUUAUACUGCAUUUGAUAUUGUUGAUAUAAAACAACAGUUCACUUUUAAAUGUUUUUGCAUGUCAGAUUCUGAUCACCAUAUUAAAAACAAGAUUAUAGUGAACACAAUCAGCAAAUGUAUUUAUUCAAAUACAAACAAACAAACUGUUCAAGCAUUUAAAAACUAUACAGUACACUAUAUAAACUUUCAGCUGCAGUUCAGAGUCAAGUAUUAAUCAAUGCAUUUUUAUCAUCAGUGGUUAAAAUGUUAAAGCAUGGCCAUGAAAUAUACUUCUAAAAUACAUUUUAAACCCUGAGAAAAACAUUUGUUUAAUGUGAAGACAUAUAA